AUGAUUCUUGCGCGCGGAACCACGGAGAGCUACCCCGGCCUUUUGGGUUCUUUGACUGAUCUAGUUAUGACAGCCAUCCCGGGCAGCAAUUAUGAAGAUAUAAUUUACCCGACUACUCAGGAAGGUUCCACCUCUAGCUAUGAGGAAGGUAUUUACAAUGGCACCGCCCAGUUGAGUGCUUAUGUCAAAGCUUGCCCAGCUUCCAAGGUAGUAUUGCUCGGCUACUCUCAGGGAGCCAUAGUCGUGAGCGACAUGUUAGCCGGUGGUGGCGACGAUGGGACCCUGGGCAAUCUCACCAGGCCCUCCGUUAACCUAAUACAGUGGGCUCGCACAAAAUAUCCUCGUACUGCUGUGCAGCUCACGGCUUUGUCGAAGUAUGCCAACCGGGUUCAUGACUACUGUGAUAACAAAGACGGAGUUUGCGAAGCCGCCGGAAUGAACCACUCAGCCCAUAUGGCUUAUGCCACCAUUUUGGAUAAUACUGCGGCUACUUGGGUUGUGAACAGGUUACAGGCUGAGUGA